GACGACUCGAUGCUCAGAAAAACAGGUGACGCCAUAUUGUCAGUUUUCUACGACGGGGAGCGCUACCUUUUUUCUUUGCAAAAAUGACAAAAUAGCUUGCUUUAUCGAGGGUAGACGCGAAAGAUGGCGCACACUGGGGCAACGGAAGACGCAUCCAUGGAGGAUUGCUCCGCCAAGCCGGGGUCAAGCGUGUCCCUGCGGAGUCGGCCGUGCUGCAGCGAGAGAGACAGCCGGGUGCGGGCUGUCAAAGCGGCUCUUCAGUCCAGGUUAGGGCCCUAUGAGCCCGUCCUGACCUACCUGCAGUCCGUCUUGGUGUGGGAGAGACGCGUCCAGUGUGUGCUGCUGUACAUUGUGGUCAACGUGGUGUUCUGGUUUUUUGCCCUGACUUCACUGCGCGUGCUGUUCUUACUGGCUUCAGGUCUGGCUCUGAUGGUCUGUGCUGAUACCUGGAGAAACAAGAUCUGGCCAGAGAUAAGAGUCAGAAAACUGGAUGAGUCAGAAAAUGAGAGCUGGGGUCUGGUGCAGCCCGGCAUCCUCAGCGUGCCUGAACUGUGCCACCACCUGGCUGAGGCCUGGGUCAGCAUAGCAGUCCUCACAACCAAUAUGAUACAGUACAAACGACUCAACCCUGGCAAGUUCUGCAUCAUGACCUGUGCAGUUUUCACCUGUUUGGCUGUGAUUGGACGCUACAUUCCUGGAUUGGUGCUCUCUUACUCUGCCGUUUUGGCUACCCUCCUGGCCCCUCUGGCAGCCUAUCACAGGCUUUUUCAGCAUGUGUGUGUGAAGCUGGAGCCGGUCCUGCAGCGGCUGGACUUUGGCGUUCACGGUUACAUGAUGUCAAAGCCGAUCGAUAAUCAGUUCCUCAGAAGGCGUAUACAUGGUGCAGCCUCAGGUGAAGCCAGUGACAGCGAGGAGGAGUUGGCUGCUUUCUGCCCAACGUUUGAUGAUGCAGCGAAGGAACUUGCACUGACCGAUUCGGAGCACUCUGAUGCUGAAGUGUCCUACACUGAUAACGGAACAUUUAACCUAUCCCGAGGCCAGACCCCGCUCACAGAGGGCUCUGAGGAUCUUGACAGACACAGUGAUGCAGAGGAGUCCUUUGCUCAGGACCUUCCAGACUUCCCCUCCAUAAACCCUGAUGCCACUCUGAUGGAUGAUGAUGACGACACCAGCAUCGGGCUACCUAGUCUGAGUGUGUCCGGGCUCCGAAGUAACCGACAUUCAGUGCUGGAUGUAGAUGCUCAUCUGGACUCAGACCAGGAGGACCUGGAUACAGAACUUUCCCUCGGCGGCAUCCCAGUUGCCUGUGAUUUCACUGGAGACUUGGCCGGAGUCAUUGCUAGCAACAUGAUCCAGGCAGCAAUCGCUGGGGCGAUGCAACCUCGGCCUCCGAUUACCCAGCGCAGAGAAGGCCCUCCCAAAGCCGGGGCCCACCGAAGCUAUCGCAAGCAAUCCAGCUCCGAGCUGGACACAGACUUGGACGGAGAGGACUUUGAAAUGCUGGAUCAGUCUGAACUGAACCAGAUGGAUCCCCUCGGAGGAGGAGGCGGGGGUGCUAGAAGGGGAGAGAGUCAGGGGUCUAACUUCCUAUCUAGUCUGCUGGGUAAACCACAGUAAGGUGUGUGUGUGUGUGUGUGUGUGUGUGUGUGUGUGUGUGUGCGUGUGCGUGCGUGUGUGUGUGUGUGUGUGUGUGCUGGUGAGAAAGUGUGAGAGAGAGUGUGUGUAAGCCUGUGUGUAAUUUCAUGGGUCGUGUACAUGAGGAUGAACCGAGUGUGUGUUGUGAAGGAUGAUUUUAGGCUCCAGCAGCCCUGCUUUUGAUUGGCAUCAGUUUUAUCACUGUGAAGUACUUAAUUUUUUCUUAUCUUUUCAAGCUCUUUCUCCUGUACCUUUUUUAAACCCGAGUCAUCAAGAAAUCAUAUACUUUGUAGGCUGAGCAAUAGAAACAUUCAACAACAACAUAAUAAACUAAAAAAAGAAAAGAUAAAUAACCAGCAUUAUUGAGCCUUGUUUCAGUCUUGUAAUUUUUAUGCACCCAUAAGUUACAAGCGUACAUUUUGGUGUCUAGAAAUGAAGAUCAACAGUGACCAUAAUCUCUUUUCUACAUGGAGGUCUAGACAUACAGGGCUAUUUAACAUGGGACCAAAUAUGACAUUCCUGUCGGUUGAGCUGAGCCAUGUUGCUUUAGGUAAUAACAUUGUGGAACAGCAUUUUAUGUUUAAGCUUUAGUGAUUGGAAUAGUUGGAACAAACUCAUGUUAAAAGUUCCCUGCAAAUAUGUUCUAAGAUAUAUGGAAAAAAUACCCUAACUUGGAUGAUAAUUUGUGUGUUAUGGUUUUCCCAUCAUCCAUUAUCUUUUUUUUUUUUGUUUUUUUUUGUUUUACAUCUGCUAUUUCUCUCUCAUUUAACAGCAGGACACAAGCGGUCUCCUACUUCACUGUAAAUUCCAUUCUCAGUGUUUGUACACUAUGGGCUUCAAGUUUCCACAUCACACUCUCAUAAGUGGAAUAAUGAAAGCAGUGACUGGCUUCCAAACUAUCUGUAAUGUCACAAAUCGUGGUCAUAGGCCCGCCUCUUAAAAUUGGAUUUUCAGUUCACACAGCUAAAAUUUCCGCUUUGAGCAGAUAAGUGUGAAAACCGCCUUCUAUUAGUGUCAAAACUCUGCAUUGUUCUGCACAGUGAAGCAUAAACAUUCAACUGUAGGAGGAAAAGCAAACAAAUAUAUAUUUUUUAGUGGAAGGGGGGGCUUGUUAAAAUGUUUGAGUCCCCAUUUCUUUUCAAGCAACAGCAGUUCAUGUUGAGUGUAGUGCUCUGAUGGUCUUUCAGAAGAUUUAUUUAAUGUUACAGGUUUACAGAGAUGGAUCUAUAUUGUUCUAUCUAGUGCUUGUUAGCAGUUGUCAGUUUGGACAGUAUUUAUCCUCUAAAAUUAAGAUUAUUUGGGCAAAAGCUUCAAUUAUUUCACUAUGAUUUUAUUUACUUCCCCUCUUUUUCCUCUGACAAACAUAUGUAAAUAUUCCCAUACAUUUGGGAUGGUAUUUUAUUUUCAAAGAACGUCUUAUUACAGUCUUAAAAUAUGUGACCCAGAGGAAUACUUGAUGUUAGGUUGUUUUGUGCAUUGUAUUCACAGAUGUGUUCCCCAGGUUGAGGUCUGCUUCAUUUUUGCUGCGUGAUAAGUAUUUUUCAUAUUGCUGCCCUUUUUAAAUACAGCUCAAACAUAUUGUGUCCAUGUUCAAUACCUUGAAUGAGUCCUCAUAUGUGUUUUUUUUUCUUUUCAAAAGUAUUAUUUAAAGAAAAAUGCAUUAUAUCUUUUGUCAUCUUUGUAUUAUAUGUAGUUAACAGUCAUGCAGAACCUUUUUGAUAGAAAUGUUCUUCAAUCCAUGGAUCUUUUACUAUUUUAAUGAGGAAACAUGUUUACAUCAAAAUUGGGUAUAGAAAGUUGUCCUAUUAUUAUUUCUUAAAGUGUUAGUACGUAAAGUGGCUUCUUGUUCGCUGGUCAGCCUGAUUUCCCUUUUUUUUGAUUGUCAAACCAAGUCAUCUAUCUGUACGUCAGCAUUUUUACCAUAAAAAUUUGACUUGGUCAUCCAGUGAGCCACAGCUGAGAUUUUUUGAAAUGCAUAUCAAAGUCUGCUGGGUUUUUAAUAGAAAAAAAACAACAACAUAUUGCUCUUUUCAUUGUGUUAUUUUUUUUUUUUGAGAAGAAAAUCAUAGCUGCAAAAGAUGUAGCACAGUAGAAAAGAAAGAAAACUGCUGGAUCCAAACUCGUGGAGGUGAAGUAGAAGUAAUUGUGCACUGAUAAAAAAAAUUGUUAAAGGAGAAGAGGAGAAGAAGUUAAUGCUGGGUCGACCACCUCAGUUAAUAAGAAUGUCGCUCAUUGCAGCUCCAUGAAGAGUUCAGUUCCUCAGUAUGAGUGAUCUGCAGUCGUGUUUGAUCAUGUAAUCUGCACAGUAGUGUAUUUUCUUCUCUGUAACUGGUUUUGAUAUGUUUUGAUGUGCAAAUCGCAUUGAAUAAAAAUGUUUGCAAUUAA